UAAAGACAACUGAAUUUUUACUUCACUAACACGUUUCAUUAUAUAAAAACUAAUUAAACAUGCUUUCUCCAGAGGAUCAACAGUUUAAAAUAUACAUGUUAAAAGCGGGCUUGGAUGAAACUAAAAAUGCGUUACUGUCGCAGACAGACGUUCUCCUUUCCAUUGAGGAAGAUAGUGAGCAACUGAGUGAAGAGAACAAAAAAGUUUUACGAGAAUUGCAUACCUUAAAUGCUAAACUGGAAAGUAUGAAACUAGAAAACGUCCGUCUCUCGGCCAAGAGGAUCAUAAUUAUGAAAGAGUGCGAAGAAGCUACAACUUGUCUGGAACGAACAAAAGAAAAGCGAGAUUUGUUACUUCAACAGAUAAAAGAUGAGCUAACUAAUUCGGAAAUUAUGUUACGCCAAUAUGAGGAUCAACUCUUUGAGAUUGCAGAGAAAUACAGAAAGACCCCGGUAUUUGGUAAUGAAGAAGCCAUAAAAACAGAAACGGAGAAGAUGAAAAUAACUAUAUCUGAACUCGAGAACGAGGAAGCUAAGCAUCAGAACAUAGUCCAACUCUUGCAGCGUGAAUUGGACAGUUUUGGGACUACUAUACCUGAAGAUAUAUUUGAUAUUGUCGGCAAACGUGAUUUGGAGGAGAAAAUUAACGCAUUAAACGCUGAAGUCGAGGCCUUGACAAAGAAGAAUGAUAAUCUCUUACCUUGCCACGGCAACAUUGCUCUAUUCCUUGAACAAAACACCAAUCAAUAA